CAGUAACCUAAGGGGAGUUAACCCUGCUCAUAAACAAACACAGAGAUCAGAAACCCGACGGCAGCUGACUAAUACAGGAGGAUGAAGAUGUCAGGAAUAGUUGUGAGUUUCUGUGUAGCACUGAUUCUUGCCCUCACCUCUGUGUCAGCUGUGCAAAAGCUCAAGUCAAUCAAUGGUCUGAAGAAAAUCAACUUUGGUCAGUUUGUACCUAAGCACAGUCUUGUGCUGCUCCACUGGUUUGCCAACACAGUUGAUAUUGACAAUAACAAUGUCAUAUGGCUGACCUUUGAUCCAAAUGGAGAUUAUGGCUCACAUCAUUAUGGAAAUUAUGAGGGACUGUUGGACUCACUGCCUCAAGGAGGAUACAGCUACUACACUGUUGGUAAUAUCAACCAGGACACAUCUGUGCCACUUCCAUGGUAUGUACACGAUCCUCCGGUAGAGGAGUAUGUGGGAAUAAACUUGGACCGAAUCAUAUUCAGAGUCAGGGAGCAAAACACGGGAAGGCAAGCUUGGCAGAGAGUUGAUCAAGUAUAUAUCACACAGCAUUAUGGAAAUUCAUAUGCCACAAGGUAUGAUCCAGCUCACACCUAUCAGAUCACUACUAACCUCUUAAGAGAGAUCAGACUGUUUUCUGUGGAAGGAAAUGACAGGAACUCACUGUCAGAGCUCAGAGAUGACUUUGGAAGUAACAUUGAUGAUUUCCAGUUAAGGGACCUCACAAACACAUGGGGUAACCUUGCUUGCCUUGGACUGCUGUUGUUUAUUGUGAUCCAGGAAAAGUACUCGUGUAAACAACAAAACAACAGAUCCCAGAAUGUGGCAAAAAGAGAAGCACCUGAUUCUGUCAUCAGCUUUCCAGAUAACAGACAUAACCACAGUGCUCAUGUUUCAGUGUCCUUUGGAGAGCUCUUGCCUCAGGAUCACGUAACACUUGAGGUGGCAACCUGCACAAAUGGAAAAGCCAGGAUUCUCUGGAGCAAUGUUACUACACAUCGUCUAAAAGAAGGUGUGAUGGUGGUGCUUUUUAAGGACAAUAAGGGCCAGGAGGACAUCUAUUACAAAUCAAUUGAUGGCAGAGAAGGCAGUUACAACACCUCAAUACCCCUGAAUGACGGCCUGCAGGUCCGACUGCAUAAGGUGAGGAAACAGUUCUGUUUUUGGACAAGGGUUGGAGAGGAGAUUUGCAGAGGUCCAGAGUUUAAAAAUCCAAACGCAGUCAAUAUAACAGGCUACCAGGCAGGACUACAACUCUUCGUAAAGGAUGGUAAAGCUUGUGCUCGCUUAUAUGUUGACAAGUCUUUCAGUGAGUGGAGGUCAGAAUUUAACAAGUCUUGGGUUGGAUUCUACACCUCUGCAGAUAAAGGCACAAAUGAAUAUGAAUGGUGGCAGUGGCAGUGGGCAACUAAAUUCACACCAUCCACUGAUUUUAGGAUAUCCUCUUAUGAUGUCUAUGAGUAUCGCUCGAGUAUGGCAAUAGCCCCAGGAGUCCAAGCACGAUUCAUACUCAGUGAUGAAGUAGUUAAAGCACGCACUCCCAGCUGGAGGUGAUGAGGACUAUUAAUUAUACACUGGAGAAAAUGAGGCCCACAACAAAAUGUUUUUUAAAGACAUCUGCUUCAUAACAAAUCUGAAAUAAUUCUUUGACCAAGGCUAUGUAGACAUGAUUUGUAUGUCCCUCAAAGAUGCUGUUUCCAUUGAGAGUGAAAUCUCUGAUGUGAUCAGCACAUGAGGUAAUAAAGCCUGCAGACUCUGACCUCCAUGGCAUAUGUUGAGACACCUGCUGUAAAUAAACCUGUUUUGACAUUUGAAUGAAUUAUAACCUGCUUGCAAAUUUACAAAGACAUCACAUGACAUCAAAAACUUAAUGAUAGUUUGAACAUUUACGUGAUAUGAAGAAUGUAUUUCCUGAUGUGUGUUUCAUCAAAAAUAAAGCUGGAUAUAUUGAGCAUUACUGUUUAUUUACAGUACAAAACUGCAGCUUGUUAACAAAGUAAAAAUCUUUUGUACAGAAAUAGUUGAACUGAAAAAAUGUCUCUUACAGUAUAUCAUGCACUGCUCUGCCAUGGUCAUAAAGCCCCAGGCUUCAUUCAUGAAACGAUGUCAUGCUUGAACAUGUCUAAUUUCACAGUAAUGACUCACUGCUGAUCACUCUAUGUCUGGCAGAGAUUUUUAGGAUAUAAAUUACUCUGAUGAAUGAAAUGAAAUUGAUAUCAAAGUAUUGUAUUCAGUUUCUUUUAUUUUUAAACAGGACUGUACAUUUUAAAGUGUUGUAUUCUUUCUGGUGUGUUGAAAUUUGUGUGUAUUAAACUAUAUUUUAUUA